AUGCCACCGAAAAGAAAGCUCGUUGUAAAAACUUUGGCAGAAAAAUGCCAAGCAUUAAAAGAAUUGGAAAAAGAAAAGAAAAUCAGAGAUGGUAAAUUCUCAGAAGUAGAUCUUGUCGUGUUCAAAUGGUUUGUUUCACAACGAAGCAAAAACAUACCAAUCGAUGGGACAAUACUAAAGGAGAAAGCUAAAAGCUAUGCACAGGAGCUUGGAGUAGAAGAUUCCAAAGCUUCAGACGGUUGGCUUGGUAAAUGGAAAAAAAGUAUCUCGAUGCAAAUUUCGAAAAACUCGUUAUCUCGAACUUUUCAUGAAAUACGCUCGUUAUGUCGAACCUCCGCUAUCUCAAACGCUCGCUAUCUCGAACUUUUCUUUUGGUCCCUUGGGAGUUCGAGAUAA